AUGGAAGGUGUCUUUUUCAACGUUAACGACGGGUACAUCGAGGGUGUGGUCAGAGGGUACCGCAACGGGCUUCUCACGAGCAACCAAUACCUUAAUUUGACACAGUGCGACACGUUGGAAGAUCUCAAAUUGCAACUUUCGUCGACCGAUUACGGUAAUUUUCUUGCGGCUGUACCCGCGGACGCCCUCACGACGUCGAUCAUCCAGGAACAGGCCGCGGCCAAGCUGUACAGGGAAUUUCAGUACAUUCGGGACCAAUCGAGCUCUGUGACGAAGCAGUUUUUGGACUAUGUCACGUAUGGGUACAUGAUUGACAACGUCGCCCUCAUGAUCACGGGCACGAUCCACGACCGCGACAAAUCCGAGAUUUUGGCGCGGUGUCAUCCGCUUGGGUGGUUCGACACGUUGCCUACACUUUCGGUCGCUACAGACCUUGAGUCUCUGUACGACACGGUGUUGGUCGACACGCCGCUUGCACCAUACUUCCGGGACUGUUUUGGCGCUGCAGACGAGCUAGAUGACGUCAACAUCGAGAUUAUCAGAAACAAGCUUUACAAGGCGUAUCUGGCCGAUUUUGCCAAUUUCGUCAGCACCAAGAUCGACGAGCCCGCGCGUGAAAUCUUGCUCACGCUGCUUGAGUUCGAGGGAGACCGUAGAGCGAUAAACAUCUCUCUGAACUCACUGCAGAGCACCGACCUGAUCAAUGCAGACUUGAAGCGUGAACUGCUGCCCACAUUGGGCAAACUUUAUCCCGUGGCCACGGAGCAGUUGGCUGCCCACGGCACCGAUUUCGAGUCCGUUAGGGGCAUUGUCGACACGGUAUAUGAGUACCGUGGAAUCUUCGAGAACGGGAACCUAGAAGACCAUUUCUACAAGAUGGAGAUGGAGCUGUGCAGAGACGGAUUUACGCAGCAGUUCACCGUCAGCUCCAUAUGGGCCUGGAUGAAGUCACGAGAGCAGGAGGUGAGGAACAUCACGUGGAUCGCCGAAUGCAUCGCUCAAAACCAGAGAGAACGGAUCAACAACUACAUCUCUGUGUAUUAG